CUAACCAAGCCUUGUGUCGUGCAAAAUCGGGCCAUGCCGUGCCACAAGUUCUGAAUCUACGACUCCAGAUUUUGCUGUUAGAUUAAUACAAGUACAAGUUCCAAUAUUUUAUCCAGUAAUUAAUCGGCAGUGUUGAUUUGUAAUUGUCGGAGUUUGGGCGAUCUUCCGCUACGAUGUCAACGGCAUUGUUAGCCGCAAUCGCUGUCAUUCUGUGCAUUCUUUUCAGGAUAUUGAAUGUCAACAGCCAACCCCAAAGACCGUCGAUAUGGUGUUGUGACAAUAAAUUCCUAGAUAACAUUCUGAAAAUCGCACCCCUCCUCAAUGAAGAAUAUGUCCCCACUAGACUAUGGGGCUUCAGUGGUCAUGUCCAGACUAUCCUCCACAGCGUGAUAGGACGCGUGAAAUGCCCAUGGCCCAUCGGCGAAAGGGUUUUUCUCAACCUAGACGAUGGUACCACUCUAACUUAUGACAUGUAUCAGCCCCUGGACACCAGCUUUCAAGAUGAUAUAACCAUAGCCAUCUGCCCCGGCAUAUGCAACACCUCGGAAAGCGUCUACAUUCGUACGUUUGUCCACUGGGCACAGUACCACGGGUACAGAUGUUGCGUCCUCAACCACGUGGGUGCUUUGCAAAAUGUACCCGUCACUGCGCCUCGUAUAUUCAGCUAUGGUAAUACAGAUGACUACGACGCAAUGCUGAAAAGUGUUACAUCCAGACACCCCAACUCGAAGGUAGUAUGCGUGGGCUUCAGUUUGGGGGGGAAUUUGAUAACGAAAUAUCUAGGGGAGACGGCAAAGGAAAAGUCGUCCAAUAUCAUCGGCGGGAUAUCCAUAUGCCAAGGAUACUGUGCUCUGGAGGGGACCAAGUGGCUGCUCGACUGGCAGAACUUCCGCAGGUUCUACCUGUACAUAAUGACGGAGAACCUGAAAAACAUCAUCCUGAGACACAGGACCGUACUGCUGUCCGACGAGGUGAAGAGACGUUACAACCUGAACGAACACGAGAUUGUCUCUGCCGCCACCCUUCCCGAGCUGGACGAGGCCUACACCAGGCACGUGCACGAAUUUAAUUCUAUAUCGGAAUUGUAUAAGUGGAGUUCCAGUAUCAACUAUUUGCAUCAAAUCGAUCGGCCGAUGCUGUUCAUCAACGCCAAGGACGACCCCAUCGUUCCCGAGCCUCUGCUGGAGCCAGUGAAGAAGUUAGCAACGGAAAAGUCCAACAUCGCCUACAUCGAACUCGCUCACGGGGGACAUUUGGGCUUCUACGAGGGUGGCCUCAUAUAUCCCAACCCGGUGACAUGGUUAGAUCGUACUUUAGUGGCUCUUAUAGGGAGCCUCGCGCUUAAUUACGACGACAAUGUGAAAAAACAGUUCCUAUAGAUAUAAUUUCCUUACAAACUCCUCUUAAAAGUAUUUAUAAUAGCUUUUGAAUUAUCGUCCAUUUUUUUUUACACUAAGUCCGCCAAAACGAGCCUUAGUUUUCCAAAAUAAAUUUUUUAAAAUGA